GACAGUUUAGAGCAGACGGAUCUGCAUGUACACACGUUGACUUUCCUCAUUUAUUUAAAUAGAAAGUAGUCGGAUUGAAGGUUUGGACAUCACUGGAGCUAAGGUUUGGAAAUGGAAGUUGAAGAAAUGUUAGAACUGGCAAUAGUCAAGGUUGAGGAUCCAGGAUGUAUUUGGGGGCAAACUGUGAAAGGACGUGGUCUGAAGGAGAGUUCUGAAGACUACAAGAACCUGCAGGUUAAAAUGAAUCUCUUCUAUCACAGCGUCAACCUGGAUGUGCAGAAAGUAAAGCUAUCGUCAUUGGAGAAGGGACAGGUGUGUGUAGUGUUUUGGCCAGUGAUGAAGAGCUGGUGUAGGGCCAAAGUGGAGUCUCUAUUCCUGAGAUCAGGGAGGAGUCAGGCAACUUGCUUCUUAGUUGACCAUGGAGAGCGUGUCGUGGUCAGCAUAGACGACGUUAGGGCUCCUCUUGAUAAGUUCCUGCUACUGCCUUUCCGCGUGUUGAGGUUCAAAUUAGCUCGGAUUCACCCAGUGAAACUCCAAGUGCACAUCUACAGUGAGACAGCCGAGCUAGUUCCAUCUCCACAGUGGGACAGCUCUGCUACAAAAUACCUCCACAAUCUUGUACAAGCAUCUACAUUGGUUGAGGUCGUUCUUUGUGGAACACAUGAUGAUUGCACUGCUGUCGAGCUGUACCUGACCAUCAGAAACGUGAAGAUCUGUGUAAAUGAUGAUUUGGUGGUGAAGAAGUUUGCCUGUUUCUCAAGCGAGAAGUCUCUACGGGAUCAGAAUGGGUUUGUUGACCGCUCCCCUGUUAGCCUGGCCUGGGAUAUUUUCAGCUGUCCUCAACAUAUUCUCAAAAUGAAUGGCUGCUGUACAUUGCGCUCUGCUCCUUCGCACUUUCUAACCAGGAAGAACAAGAGAGACGAUUUCAUGCCACAUCAUGAGGCAUCUGUAGUGAAGUCAGUUGUUCCCAAUGGAGCAGUGUCUGCUCAAGAAAAUGAGAUGUCUGAUGGACAAGACGUAUUUGACAAAAAUGCCAUCCCCGAGAGAACUGAGGAAGGGAAAGUAAAGAUUGGGGACUUUCAAGAAUCCUGUUUAGAGUGUACUGAUCGCACCCUUGCAGAGCAGUUGGCUGAAAACCUUAACUUGUUCAGAUUUCUGAAGUUUUUGAACCCAUUCUCAAAUUUGAACUUGAGUACCAAAAAAGAACCAGCUCUCACUCAAGAGACAGCAAUUGCCAAAGAGCAGUUUGCCUGUGCCAGAUUGCUACAGUUGCUGAACCCUGAUCCAAUAAAUCCAGACUCAGAGUCUCUUGAGGAUAAUAUUACAUGCUGUGAAACCAGCAAUAGUGGAGUUUUGGUGCACUCAGCUGUCGCUAUCAACCCCUGUAGAACCCUGACCCGGGCUCCAAUCACCGAGCAUUUCCAUAAACUCCUGUUGAGAAGAAAGUAUACAGGACCAGGCCUGGCCGAGAGUUACUGCUGGCCCUCUGUGGCACGAGGUUGUGACACGGUGCUGAUAUGCCACAGUGGAGACAGUCCUCUCUCCUACAUCCCACCAUUGCUGGCUCAGCUGCAGAUGGCCUCUUUGUUCAGUGCCCUCACUGUGUACACAGGGCCCAUAGCAGUGAUUGUUUGUCCAGGUUGGGAAAAGGUAGAGUCAGUGCUGGAGCUAUUAGAGGAGGAUCAGGCAGCCGUGAAUCUUCACCCCGCCUUUGUACUGGUUGGAAUAGGCAAGAACGAGGCCGAACAAACCAAGAUUCCGAACAACUGUCAGUUGCUGGUUACCACCCCUUUUAGCCUGGCCAGGUUGCUGGAAGUGCAGUACUUCUACUUUCAUAGGCUCUGUCAUCUGAUUUUGGAUGAGGCUCAUAAGCUCUUCUCAAACGCUCCUGAACAGAUGACUGCCAUUUUACAACAUUACCAGAAAGUGGUCUCCAGAGAGGAGAGAAGCAUGUGUGCGCAGCAGCUUAUUGCUGUAGGCAGUCAGUGGUGUCAGGAGCUGGUGACUGUGAUCCAGAAUCACAUGGUUAACCCCUGUAUCAUUAUCACAGUGCCAGAAGAGGCAGCGUUAUACGGUGGGGUUCAACAGACAACACUGAUGUGUCUGGACUGUAAUAAGACCUCUGUGCUGCUCAGCUCUUUGGACUUCAGCCCCUCUGUUCCGCAGAAAACCCUUCUCAUCACAAACUCGGCAGAGGAGGUCGAGCAUGUGUACAAGGCUAUCAGCAACACGGCAGCAUUCUCUCUCAAAGUUCACGAGGGCCUAACCUAUCAGUUUGAUGCUGUGAUUAAGCAGUGGAGGAAAGACAUUGGUCCAGGCACACACGUUAUCUUGGUGACCACCAAUGAUUGCUUAAAGGCCCUGGGUAUCAGGGAUGCCACGUGUGUGGUGCAUUAUGGUUUCCCUAGCUCCCCUAAACUGUUUGGGAACCGGAUGUUCUGCAUGGUUGAGAACUUUCGGAAUCUGGCCUGUAAGUCUGUGAUUGGUCAGAAUCACUCUGAGGGCUCCUCUCCUGCGGUGCGUUCCGUGCUGUUGCUGUCAGAGCAGAAUUCUCGUCAUGUGUCCGGCGUGCUGCGCUACCUGAAGCGUACAGACACUCCAGUGCUACCAGAGCUCCUGCAGUUUGCACAGGGAGUCCAGCAGGUCAAGGAACAUUUGAAAGCUGUCCAGGAUCUCUGCAGCUAUCUGAAGAGCCUGGGCUUCUGCAGGGACAGCACAGAUUGCCCAGACAGACACUCAAUCAACAAAAUUCUUGAUUGUCCCCAGCACCCAGACUCUGGGACUAUUUUGGUGUUGCCUCUUUACAUCAAGACUGCAAACGUGUUCUAUGGACGUAUUUUGGAGCAGAAAGAGAACAGUUAUGAGAAACUUGCUGCUGAGAUGAAGUCAUACUAUGCGAAAGAGAGGCUUUGUGCAAAAGACGUGUUGGAGGGAGGGUUUUAUGGAGUGCAGGAGGAGGGUGUACAUCAUAGGGUGUGUGUGACCAAAGUGCCAGAUAAGGGAGACCAAGUGUUCAGCAGUGUCACAGCUCGAUUUGUGGAUGAAGGACGUAUACAGGAAGUGAAGUCACAUCAGCUGCUGCACCUUCCCUCGGAGUUUCAAAGCUUGCCGGGUCAGGCUGUCGAAAUCAUUUUGUGCAGAGUCAAACCCAUUGAUGGAGAGAUGGACUGGAAUCCAAAGGUUACCAGAGCUAUCAGUCAGAAAAUCAAAGGAAAAAUACAUCAUGCCAAGGUGGUGAUGUGCCUGGGCAACACUGUGUGGGUUGAUCCAAUGGUACGCAUGAAACGCAUGCCAGGUCUGAAGAUCUUGAUAAACGAGUAUAAUGUCCAUGCAGAAAUUGUGGCCACUGGAAUGGGCACCACAAACCCUCAGCAUCUAGAGCUACUGAAAUCACUGUGCCAGGGAGAGGAGGCCUCUACUGUAGCGGAGCUCAGAGAGAGUAAUGGAUGUGAGAGCGAGGUGGUGUCUCUGGAACAGAGAGUUCAGGCUUCUGUGGAAGGGCCGGUCAGUCAGGUGAAGGCUGGAAUCAGCAGUGCUGAGUGUACAGAUGCUGAAGCUUGUGAACCCUUACAGAACCUUCAAAACACAGACCAGAUCACUGAAACUAAUAGUGGACAAAGUAAAGUCUCUUUGGAAGCCUGGCUAGAUGUUGAGCACAUGGUUAAAUCUGAUGACCUAGAAUGUUCACCUCAGAAGUGGACUCCUGCUCUUUCUAACAGCUCAGGUGAAGAUGACCAUCAGAUCAAAGAUGAGGUCACUUUCUCACAGAAUAUUGCUGUACCAAAAAGUUUUCACCCACAGAUUAAAUGGUUUCAGGACGAACGGUCAGUCACUCUUACAAUAAAACUUGCCAACCCCAUGAUGCAGAAGUGUGAAUUUUUCUCUGACAGAGUCAUUUACAGUGCGUAUGUAAACACCUGCCGUUACUGUGCCGAUCUGGAGCUGCACAGUCACAUCAGCCCAGAGCAAUGCUCAUGGAAAAUGCAGUGCAAUGAACCAGUAAUCAAAUUGGUGAAGAAAGAGAAAGGAGAGUGGAAGUCACUGCUUCAAUACAAGCAGAGUGCUUUUGUAAGCUAUGAUUUCGACCACAUUGAAGAUGAAGAAAUUUCUCCCUCAAAUGGAUGUUGGUUAUUGGGGAACACAGGAGAAGUGGGCUGCUACAGGAUUUCAGAGAGCGAGAGCGACUGAACAGACGGAAAAUCAGUUAUAUCAAAAGUCUACACCCCCUGUUGGAAAAAAUGAAAAUAAGAGAGUUGUCAUUCUACCUUUUAAUAUGGUGCAGCAACCAACAAAAUGCAUGUGCACAACAGAUAGACACUUUAUAGGGGGAAAUGACAAGGGGGAAGUGUGUACACACAGUUCCCUCUGAAAGUUUUGAAACAGAAAGGUCAAGUCUAUUGCUUUUGCUAUACAUCGAAGACAUUUGGGUUUGAGAUCAACAUGAGAUGAUAGAUCAGAUCUUUCACCUUGUGUGCAGAAUCUUUUUCAGCACUUGGGUUGAGGUUAAUCUUGGUUUCAGAGCUGUUGUGGCCCAUCUCUGUAUUUCUUUGUAAAAUUCUAAUCAGGCCUUUGGAUCCUUACUGCUGAUGUAAUGUUAAAAAAAAAAAAAAAAGUAACCAAGAUGAAUCAUGUCAGAACUUUUUCCAUGGAAUAUGUUAAACGCCAUCAUUAAAUAGAGACAUUGGAGCACUACAAUGACGUCACCAGGAACACUGUGAAUGCAGAAAGAUUUACGGCAACGUUAUGGAACUACAGGGAUAUCGGACAAGUACUGAUUAUUCUCUGUAUGUGACAGCAGUCUCUCACAUGUCUGGGAUCUAGGGUAGGUUGGCUAGAGGGAAUCCUUUCUCACAAAAAUCAGCCGAGCUGAACUAGAUCACCCCAGACCAUGUGGCAAAAUGGGUUACGCUCUGGAGACCAAUUCCAAAAGAUAUGUUUAGUGCAAAGAAUUAGCUUCACACUUCAGGUUGCUUUUCUUUAGCCAGAACUGGGGCUCUUAUUAAAGUGAAUGGGGAUUCAUGAACGGCUACAAAUACCAGACGAUAUAAUAUAUUAACAUAUAUUAAUGUAAUUAACUAAAAUAUUUUGCAUGAAAAAACAAGAAAAUAUUUACCCAAAAAGAAUGACUGGUGUAAUAAAACCACAGGGUACUUCAACAAAGGUAUUAGUUUAGUUUAGUUUAUGCAAUUCAAUUCACUUUGUCAUUGUUAUAAAUAAGAGUAUAAACAACAACGAGAUAUCAUAUGCCAACAAGGAGAGCUCCUGGCUGCUGCGUCUAUGCGCGCCGACAUGUUGGAAGCAAGCAGGUUGUUGUAACUUUUUUUCCUAAGUUUUCUAUUUUUCUGGUUGGUUUUUCCUUUCAUUUUUAUAUGCUGUAAUUUCAUAUUGAUGAUGGAAAAAGUUGACUUGACUUCUCUUGGUUUGGUUUUUUACGUCACAAAAACCUGCCAUUUUCACAGACUUUUUAGAGCCAUCGUAUAUCGCUUGAAAUGAAAGCUGAAAUUCUGAUCCAUCCUCUCAAAUCGAUUGAUUCCUUUGCUUCAUUUGGAUUUGUACUUUGGGUUACUGUCAUGCUGAAAGGUUUCCUCUAUCUUGACCAAAGCCUAAGACUUAGCUGUAAGGAAGCAGCCCUACAGCAUGACGCGACCACCACCAUGCUUCUCUCUGGAUUUGACAUAAUGAGAAGACUGGCUACAUGAUUUAAAUACAUUAUAUUAUACUAUAUUAUACACUAUACACUAUAUCUCCUUCUGUACUUUAUUGCGUUUUAGGACUCCCCUCCAAAUCAUUGAAUUCAGGUGGUGUUUUUCAGAGGAUGGGCUCGGUUCCAGUAAAAGGAACUCUUGAUGCUUCAGCUUCAUACCAAGACAUUCUGGAUAAUUCCCAAGUUUGUGGGAACAGUUCUUUCCUGUUCCAACAUUCCUCCACAUCAAACUCAUUCAUCCAUGUCUUUAUGGACCUUGCUUUGUACGCUGGUGUGCAGUCAUGUUGGAACAGGAAGGGGUCAUCCCCAAACUGUUCCCACAAAGUUGGGAGCAUGAAAUUGUCCAGAAUGUCUUGGUUCGCUCCCCAUGUGUAUGUUCCUUCCUUGGACCACUUUUGAUAGAUACUGACCACUGCAGACCGGGAACACCCCACAAGAGCUGCAGUUUUGGAGAUGCUCUGAUCCAGUGGUCUAGCCAUCACAAUUUGGCUCUUUGUCAAACUCGCUCAAAUCCUUACGCUUGUCCAUUUUUCUUGCUUCUAACACAUCAACUUUGAGGACAAAAUGUUCACUUGCUGCCUAAUAUAUCCCACCCACUAACAGGUGCCAUGAUGAGGAGAUCAUCAGGGUUAUUCACUUCACCCGUCAGUGGUCAUAAUGUUAUGCUGAUCUGUGUACACAAACGGUCAGAUAAUGGCUUUAUCGUAUAGAUUGAAGCAGACUUGUUGAACAAAUGUUGCCUUAGUUAUUAGAGUUAUAAUUGUGCUCAGGGUUGCCACAUCAGUUCCUCUUGGUGGUGUAGAGAGGUACAGACGACGAAUUCUAGUGGUUGAUGUUUUAUGUGGAGAUGUCAUGCGUUGAUUAAUACUUUGGGUUAGAUGCCUGUGGGUUAAAGGAAAAUAGCUGAGUUUGUAGCCCAGAAGAGUGUGUAAUGUUCUGUUUUCAGUCAUACUUGAGUUCCUGGUAAAAAAUUAUUUACUGACAUUCUCCUCUCCUUAGUUAUUACACAUAAAGCUUCCCUGCUGCUCUUAUUUCAUAGUCCUUCAACUGUUAGAAGAAUAAACUGAAAUUAUAUUAAACAGUUUAAUCAAUUAUGAUUACUCCACUGUAAUAAAAUUAGAAAAGCUAUACAUCCCCCUGGCUAUGCUUCAUAGACUCCUUGUGGCAGAUACAUGGAGCUAGAGUCUAAAGAUUAUUUAAUACACUGUAAUAGAUUCUCUUUAUUUGAUAUAUUCGGGUAUUAUCUAUCCAUAUUUUAUGUCUAUGGAAUUUGUUUUUGUUUUUUUACAUGGUUGGAAAUUACAGGUCAGAUCACUGGUCAUGUUAUUUUGUGCCGAGAGCCAGAUGUUGAGAAUGUUAAAAAUAAAUGACCUGUUGUGUUUACCUUUGGGGAUCACUGCACAAGAAAUCACAGAAUUGUUGCACCACUUUUCAUAUGCUUGCUUCUUUCUGACAGAACGUUUAUUAAUGUUUCACUUUCUUUGUAAAAAAAAAAAAAAAAAAAAAAUUAACGGGCUUUUUGUUCUGCUUCGUUUUUGUUCUGUUUCAGCUGUGUAUCUUUUGGAAAGCUGUGUGUUUCUUUAAUACGAAGCCAUGGUGCAAGAGAGAAAUGCUACAUGAGAAAUUCCUGUUUAUUCUUUGUAAUCUA